AUGUGUGCACAACCAUGUGAUCUGCUUGAACUACUGUCCUCCUGUGAUUUCCUGGUCAACAUUCUACCGUCUACACCUGAAACUCGGGGUCUUCUGAGUGGAGACGUGCUUUCCCACUGUAGGAAGAAGCCUCUGUUCAUCAACGUUGGACGCGGAGACAUAAUUGACGAUGAGAGUCUCCUUUCAGCACUCAGAAGAGGAUGGCUGUCGGGGGCUGUGCUGGACAUCUUUACGGAGGAGCCCUUGUCUCGAGAUAGUCCUCUGUGGGGAGAGAGGGACGUGGUGAUCACACCCCACGUAUCUAACCAAAGUGAUUGUAUGGACUCAUACAAAAAGUUGGCGUCCAUGUUUUUGGCCAACUAUAAUCGUUACCUGAACGGACAAGCACUGGAGAAUGUUGUAAACAUUGACAGGGGAUACUGAACGAUAUGUCUACUGAAGCACGUGGUCGGUUCAGCGUUUCUGU